GUUAAAGUGAUAAAAUUCUAAUGGGUUAACGAAAUGAAAACAAUAAAGCGAUUCUAUGCAGACACAGAUAAGGGCAAUCCCCUUGAAAACGAGUCCUGCAGUUGAUCUGUUACUCAUUAAUCUCAAAAAGGCAAAACUUUAAGGAAGGACACGCCGACACAUAAACCGACGUAUUGGCUCAGUAGGCUACCUUGGUUAAGGGCAUGGGAGAGGAGGACCGGGCCGCCCUGCAAGGCGUGCCCUCCGAGACGCCAAGCGCCCGGACAAAGACGAAAGGACACAGGCCGACAAGUACGCUGUGGGAAGUCCUUCUUGCGGACCUCUGGCGGGGACCCUUGCACGCCCACAGCCGCACACGCGAUCGGCUGGGUCAUAUCGACUUCGCGAUGGUCGUCCCGCCCACGCGCGCGCUGCUCUACUGCAUGCUCUGCCCAUAUCUUUCCUACGCGAUAUCGCUGUCGAGUCUGUACGGGUUUUACCGCUGCCUCCGAAGCAUGGUGCCGCCCAAGUACUACCAUCACGAUCGCUACUCGAAACGCGUGGUGUAUGGCGCACAAAAGCGAGUCUACGACCCGAGGUAUAAGCGAAUCUGUGAAAUACAGAUCGAGGACGUUGAGGAGAUACGACAUGCGCUGCAAGUCGUUGGUGAGAUGCGCAAUCAGUUUAUCGACGACCCGGAACGACCCGGAACGGCGUAUCUGGUCAUUCAACAACGCAUCAUGAGGGCGGAGGCUCUUUUUUCGGGCGAAAACUGGGCUUGGGCAUUCGUGUCCGAUAGUUUCCGCUACCUGACCCCAGUUUGCUUAGCGUAUCUUUUCCAUCCAAGCUGUCGACGACUAACUGUAGAUUUGCGGCUGUGGUUUCAAGGACGACUGUGGUGGCGGCAAAUCCGUCACCCUAUUCUGAACUUCUUCAAAUCUUAUAGUGAAUACAACCGGGCAAUGAGUCGUAUCAACAUCACAAAACCGUUACCCAAAGGUUCUCAACCUUGGAGUAAAAAUUUGUAGCCUUUGUUGUUUACGUUUGAACAAAUUUCGUCAGUUCAGAUAGCCACUUGGUGUAAGUGAACUUCUCUUUGUAUCGUGUCAAACAAAAAAAAAGGAAAACCUAUUUUUAGGUACCAAAAGAAA